AUGGUCAAGCUGUUUAGGAGAAAGAUCGACGAGCUGGCGGAGGGUGUUGGAGUGGGAGGGGGUGCCGACCACGAGGGGGGAGGUGAGGGGAUGGCACGCGUUGUGGUUGAGUACAGCGUCGAGGAGGAGGAGGAGAUCGAGGAGGAUACAUCUAGGCAAGCUCAGCACAGGUCGGUCGAGGACGACGGCGAGGGCGCCGGACAGAGCACGGAGCGUACGGGGGAGCACGGAGUGGCGCUCGGGGAGCGGGUGGACGAGCCGGUAAAGCAUAUCGAGCAGCAGGCGACAGGGGAAGCUAAGGCUGUCGAGGAGCAGGAGGGCGGAGUGGCUGCGCAGGGGGGUGGGGUCGGAGGGCAGCAGCAGGAGGGUGAGGCGGCUGCUAAGGAGGGUGGGGCAGGAGGGCAGCAGCAGGAGGGCGUGGCGGCUGCUCAGGAGGGUGGGGCAGGAGUGCAACAACAAGAGUUUAGGGUGGCAGCUGCGCAGGAGGGUGGGGCGGGAGGGCAGGAGCAGGAGGGCGGAGAGGCUGCUGUGGAGUAUCGUCGAGGAGAUGAGCAACAGGCCGCAGAAACAAGGGGACACCGCAUGGCCAGUGGCAGCAGACAGGCGGGCCCUUCGACCGGGCGACGUUCGACGGCAGGCCAAUCGACGUCAACCGUUGCACCCGGAGGCCAGGUCGUCGAGCUACUGCAGAGGGUCGAGAAGGUCGAGGCGUCGCCGAAGCAGCUCGUCGCCGACGUCUUUGCGAAACACAGCGAGCAAGCCGGAGCUUUCAAUAGGCUUGCUGCGGAUUUUCGGACGGCCUGGAAUACGAUUUCGGAGUCGUCGAAGAGCACACUGUUGCAGUGCGCCGAGGCUGUGAAGGGUGUCACGGUGGAGAGAAAACUGUUGGAAGGGGUGCGGGCGAAGAUCGACGAAAUGAGCGGGAAGAUCAUCGAGGGGGUGCCAGUUGCCAUCACAAUAGCGAGCGAGGACGCCGUCGAGAAGCAGCUCAAGCAGGUCGAGGAGCGCCUGGUUUUUGCGGUCCUUAAGGGUUUUGAGAAAGCCAUCAAGGAGGACAUGUUCUACUCCAACCUCCCACCCGAGACCAUGAAGGAGCUGAAGGACAUUGUGAGGGAAGGCUACCAUGAAGCCGAAGCAGGGAGGUUGGAAGUCCUCACCGAAGCGAUGGCGAGAGUUGCAUCCCCACCGGCGCGUGGCCGUCAUCCCGUCGCCAAGCCCGUCGAGGAUAACGAGGUCAUCGUACUCGACCAGUCGCCCCUCCCGAAGACCUCCGUAGUGGCUCCGAUCGCUCCACCUGAUGCGUUUGCUUCGAUGCGGGACAUGCUGCAAGGCCUGGGGACGACGGGUGGGAAAGGAGUGGUUACGGGGGAGAAAAGUGGUGCCCCGAACGAGCACGUCGCCUCGACCGGGAAUAGAGCCCUUGGUAAGCGAGAUGCCUCUACCCCGUUAGGCGGCGGUGCGGGGAAAGGAGCGGGAGAGGCAAGCGCUGGGUUGUUGUCGAAGACUAAAGCGACAUCAGCUGCGCAGAGCGGUGGUGCUGGCCGAGCUGUCGAGCUUGUGGGAAAUUGGGCGUCUUCUUCGACCCCUCCAGUUGCUCCUGUCGCCGCUGCUUCGGCCCUAGGCAACGUUUUCCUUAGCGAACCGGGCUCCCCUUCGACGUCUAAGAGGAUGCCGGCUGCGACGAAGUUGUCGAAGCGCGCUGCACAUGCGACAGAAAGCCAUGACGUGGUGGAGCAGGCCAGCGUCCCUGGUCAUGCGCCUGUCGAGAAGAACUCUGUUGUCGUUGCUGCUCGACAGGAGAAGUUGAAGAAGGCCAAGGUGAUGGGUUACACCCCACCUCCUCCCCCGGACAACCAAGGCAAGACGAGGGGCUGCAUAGCUCCCUUCAAAGGACCGGGUUUAGGGUUGCGGAAGGGGAAGCCGGUUUCCGAGCAGACCGUCGGCGGGAGAAAACGGUUCUUGGGACAUUUUGAAACGGAGAAGGAUCAGAAGUUCUGUACGGCCAUCUGCUGGCGCGUGUACUUCCCCGACAUUGUCCUUACGAAGUACGAAGGGUUUACGGCGCAGGAUGAGGAGGAGUGGAAGGUGUAUCUCGAUGCGGCUGUCGAAAUGCCAACCGGCGUUUGGAGCGUGGCGCAAGAAGGGGAAUGUCGUUUCGACGAGUGA